UUUGCGGAAUAUCUUCGAGGUCAUUUACGCCAGGGCUGUUAAAAUGAGAGAUGGACCCAAAUAGAAAUGCACUUGCUGUAUUUUCAUCAUAUGUUGUUUUAUAAGACGUAUACAUAGUGCUCGUGAAUAAUUAGAUCGUUGUUUUACUCUACUUUCAAGGUUGAGCCAUCGAAAGGCUCGUAGAUAUCCGUAACUUUACGAAUAUACCAGAUUAAAAUCCAAGAUGGGGGGGUUUCUAUCCAAGAUCUUCGGCAAUAAAGAAAUGAGGAUAUUGAUGCUGGGCCUAGAUGCAGCAGGAAAAACUACUGUUUUAUAUAAAAUCAAAUUAGGUCAGAAUGUUACAACUAUACCAACAGUGGGCUUUAACGUGGAGACUGUGACGUAUAAAAAUGUCAAGUUCUCUGUAUGGGAUGUGGGAGGUCAAGACAAGAUCCGACCGUUAUGGCGUCAUUACUAUGCCGGUUCCCAGGGACUCAUAUUUGUAGUGGACUGUGCCGAUCGCGACAGAGUGGACGAGGCUCGCCAGGAACUGCACAAGAUCAUUAAUGACCGGGAGAUGAAGGAGGCUAUAAUAUUAGUAUUUGCUAAUAAACAAGAUUUACCUGAUGCAAUGAAACCACAUGAAGUACAAGAAAAGCUAGGACUAACGAGGAUGCGAGACAGGAACUGGUAUGUUCAGCCUGCGUGUGCCACCACCGGUGAAGGACUGUUUGAAGGGUUUACGUGGCUCAUGUCAAACAACAAGUCGUGACCUGUGUUGCCUCCGAAGGAAACAUUUUUAAUACAAAAAUGCUUUUAUUACGAUAUUCAUGAAAAGGAGAUAUGAGCUGUGUGGUGUAUGCUUUGCCAAUAGAAGCUAAUAAAGAAGUGGCGUAUCUUCUCGGCAAACAGGAUUAAGGAUGCAUGCGGUGGACACAUCAUGUGACGUGGAGGUGUUAAUUGACCACAAGACUUUGUAAACAUCCGAGGGAAUGAGAGGUGCACAAUGUACAUCCUUGUUGUAGCUCAAGGUGAUCUGACGAGUGCUUUCACCCUAAACAAUAAGGACGAACUACUGUAACUGUAUUGUACUCCAUUCAUAUGAACAUAUAUACAUACAAGUGUUUUUCUACCUUUCAGUUCAUGAGAACUGGCACACUUUGAUGAAUGUGGCUGACUGUUACCUCUAGUAGCGAUGCUUGCACAUGAAAGAGAAUGUGUGUAUGAGAGAAAGAGAGAGAGGGAGUGAGAGAAAGAGCAGGAGGAGUAUAUAUUUUGCAUUGUCGUUUAGAGGGUGAUCAGAUUUUUUUUACCAGUCUUUUUGUUAAUGUGGGUUUAUUUUAUUGUUAUUUUAAGAGAGUUUCCAAAAGGAAAUACAUGCUUUUGUUGAGAGUUAUAUAUACCGGUACCUCCCAUGCCUGAUACAAGGCACCAGAAAGUUGAGCAACUGAAUACUGGCAGUCCAGCACUGGUUCAGUCUUGUCCAUCCUUGUACUGAUCAUAAAAAGCCACAGUAUAGCCCACUUGGGUAUUAAAAGCAAAAAGAUAUAAAGUAUGUUUUCCCCUAUUAACCUAUUAAAGCAUAGGUUAAUUAUAUAGACAGACAUCUGCUGUUGUUAUCAUCUGAUGUAAAAAAAAAA